AUGUCUCUUUCAUAUCCCGUUCUCCUCUCCAAGUUUUCUGAGCUGUUUCACUUGGGAGGUAAAUACCCACCAGCCCUUGUUUCCGGCCUCGUUAUAUUUUUGAUAUCUUUUUAUAUCGUUGGAGUUUUCACUUCUUUGAGAUCAAGUUUGGCACUUGAUCCUUGGGCUCUCUAUCAUUUGAAUCUUAACAAGAUAUCACUAUACCCUUUGGUUCACUCAUCCUUCCUCCACCUUUUCUUCAACAUUUUUGCUUUGAUCUCUCCACUGUCGUUAUAUGAAAGAUCGAAUGGUACAGUUCAUACAGGAGUGGUCCUCAACGUUUUGGCAGUUGUUACUGCAUUGCCUUACUGUGUUUUAGGAAUGGUAUUUUUCCCCAAAGUUAGUGUAGUAGGAGCAUCUGCUUGGUGCUUUUCAUUCUUUGGUUAUUAUUCUUAUUUGCAGAGUCUCAGUUAUCCCACUUUCAAAGUACAAGAUUAUGAGAUUCCUACCAUCGCAACACCGUUUAUAUUACUGGUGGCGUCAGCUCUGAUCUUCCCAGGAUCAAGCUUCAUUGGACACCUCUUAGGGCUACUUUCUGGUUUCGCACUUGCUAAGGGUUAUCUGAAACCCCUUAUUGAACCUUCUUCUAAGGUGAUUUCGUGGCUCGAAGAGAGAUUAGAGAAGUAUAUUGAUAUGAUCCCACUAGUUGACUAUUAUAAGGAAAAGAAUGUACAACGGCAAUUCGUUAAUUUGAAUGAAGACAUCGAGACACAAGGUAACAUUUUAGGAACUAUUUGA